AUGAAUACUCCAAACAAUCAGGAGUCAUCAAGACUCGCAUACGAAGUCCCUAUGGCGCCUCUGCGCCGACGCAACCGAGCAAGGCUGCCAUACAGCACGCCUACGGCAUGUCCUCGCCAUCAGAGGCAGCCAGUGCUCUUUCUAAACUCGCCUGUGACACCCGGGCCGCAUUAUGUGCGGCUAGACGGUUCACAGAGCACUCCCACAACACCACAGCGCGAGAACAAUCAGCCUCGAGAGCGACCCAGCAGUCCUCCGGCAAUUCGACGCCUACAAAAGCCUUGCGGAGUUUUCAACAACAUCUUUGAAACUCCCGUGCGCCAAUCUAAGCAAUCUCACUUGCUUAUGGAAGCCAAGGCCGCAAUCAGGGCAGAAAAAGUCGCCCUGACACCUCCAAGCCUGCAUGAGGAGCUCAAUCUGCCAGUGGCACCCAAAAAAUCAACCGUGGUAGCCACUACGACACAAUCAAAAGUGUCAAGCGACACUCCUCUGGCAGCCAAGGCCUCAACCAGGGCAGAGAAAAUCGCCCUGACGCCUCCCAGCCCACAUUCGGAGCUCAGUCUGCCAGUGGCACCCAAAAAAUCAACCGUGGUGGCCACCACGACACCAUCAAAAGUGUCAGGCGACACUCCUCUCGCGACCAAAAAACCAAAAGUGCCAAGCAAACCCGCAAAGGCACCACAGCGCAAGCUGACAAAGGUCAAAGCCAAAGCAUCAAAAGGCAUCGUCUCCGCACCUCAAGAAUGCAACAUCUGGCUAAGCAUCCCGUCCACCGACAAACGGGUGCAACUCAAGCUCCCUCUCAAGAGCGACCUGCUCAGCUUAGCCAAACAAACGGCAGAGAUGAUGAACAAACCGCUCCACAAAAUCUCUCUGACCCUCCGAAACUCCUCCUCCGGGAGCGACAUACUUCUGUGGGAUUGCUAUCAUGAAAAUGAAGCGCCCCAGUUAUGGGUGAAAAACACGGGAAUCACCCAAGGCUGUACGAUUGUAGCCGAGAAGAAAAGUCGUGUGAUGUGUUUGGACGACUAUCAUCAUCAACAGUCAAUCUCGACAUCACAGGGAGAGACGAAGAAGAAGAAAAUGCUGGUGUUCCGGGAUUGA